AUGGGGAUCCAAAUGUUAUCAAACCAGGAACUCCUGCGGUUGCUCCACAUAAAUCCACAUUCAGAUCUUUACAAAAUAUUACUAUCAAAUACGGAAAAUGAUUCAAAAAACGGAUUUCUUUUGGAAUUACUGAGUGUGAUAACAUCGGUUUUCCAACAAGUAUCAAAUGAUGUUGGAAUACAAACAGAAUUUUCUACACAGUACCCCACCUCAUCUUUAGAUGCAAAAUUAAACGGGGUUGAAAAAAUAUAUAUGGACAAAAAAGAGGAACAUUAUCAAAAGGCAAUUUCUGGAGUGGAAGAAAAACUCACAUCGCUUCAAAAGAAACUCGAAGAAAGAUAUCAAACAGAAUUACAAUUGGAGCUGGCAAGAAUGAAAGACAAUGAUUUGGCAAAAUUAAGGCUCGAGGAAAAAGAAGCCUCCAGGAAAGAACUGGAAAAAGUUCGGCAAGAGCUGGAAAAGAACUAUCAACUUAAAAUGAAUGCUUUAAUGGAGAAGGAAAGGAAUUUCACAGAGAGAAUCCGGAAAGAGGAAGAGAUACAACAGAAAGACACUUACCAGCAAAGGCAGGCUUUACUGGAAGAAGUCAAUAAAUUACGCCAGAAGGAAUCCGAACUUACAAAGAUGAUGGAAAUGGCAAACAGAGAGAAAACCUUGGAUCAAGAAAGACUGAAGUGUCAAGAAGAAGUUUUGAAGCAAAAACUGAAUGAAGCUAAUCGCAUCGAAGCUGAUUACCAACAAAGAAUUGACAAUGAAGUUUUUAAAAUUAAGAUUGACUUACAAAACAAAUUCUUGGAAAGAUCUCAAAAUAUGGAUUCUAGAGAGGCUCUGAUUAAAGUGCAUGAAUUAAGGAACAAAGAAGAAAAAGAAAAGUUUCAAUUAAUGAAGGAAGAUAAUGACAGAAAACACAACAGGAUUAAUGAGUUGGAGACUGCAAUUCAAGAGGCUCGACACAAAGAAAUAACAGCAACCAAACAUAAUGAUUUCUUGAAUGCAAAACUUCGUGAUAUGAUUGAUUACAGUACAAUCAAAGAACAAAAUGCUGUCCUGAAAAAUGAACUUGAAACUGAGAAACUCCUCCAUGCUGAAACUAUCCGGAAAAAAGAGGAACUACUAGCACGUCAAGAAGAAAUGGCUAAAGAUAUUUACAAACUGAAUCAAGAAAUAAUGAUUGCAAAACAGAACUCAGAAAGAUGUCGAUUCGAUGUGAAACAAGAAAAAGUUGUAUAUGAAGAAUUCAAAGAAAAGCUAGACAGCAGGCUUCAGGAGGAGAUGAAUAAAAACAAAGAAUUAUUUCUAAAAACCACAAGUCAAUCUCAACAGAUCCAAGAUCUCAAUUUAAAGAAUUCUGAACUUCAGACAAAUUUGAUGCUAGCAGAAAAAGCAUUGCAUCAAGAAAUAACCCGGAAAGCUGAGAAAGUAUAUUUUAGGUCUGAUGCAAACAGUGAAAUACCUUGUAAUAAACCAGUGCUUUUGCAUGGUGGUUAUCAUGAAGAGCCGCCUUCCCGCAAAGGCAUACAAUCAUUGGUUGACUGCCAAAGCGAAUGCAUUUGUAACAGUGAAUGCUCUGAUGCAGUUCAGUAUCACCACACACGACAGCCAGGAAAUAAUGUCUUUGAUGAGACUGAUUUUUCUGAAGGCAACUAUUUACUCACUGAUGAUACUUCUAGAGUUAUUAGGGACACAAAAUACCAAAGUGAAAUGCUUGAGAAAGAUACAAAGAACUUAAAACACGGCUUCCAACAUUUUCGCAGCCAAUUGUGUAGAUAUCCAAAUUUGGAUCCUAUAAGCCCUCCAUCAGUUAAAGUGGAAAAAAAGAAAACUGACAAUUCAAGGAAUAUUCUUAAGAAGAAAAAAGUAAUUCAUUCAUGUUCAGACUCCAACUCAGACUCUGAUGAUGUUUUAACACCUGACUGUCAAUCUCUGAAAACUUUGUCAUCAACACCUCGCAAGAAGCUUUACCAAUCAGCUCGCAGAAAAGACCAUAGAGAUGUGGGUAUCCCUCUUCCUGGAUUGGAUAUUUCCAAUUUAUCAGGUGAAGAAGGAGACAGAACAAAAUACAUAAAGUCUGAUGACGAACGGGGACAUGAAGAUGAAAUAAUACAGACAUUAGAUGAACCAAUCUUACAAGAUUUACAUAUAUCCAACGAUAACUUGAACUCAAACAGUGAAAGGAAAACAGAUUAUGGAGAAAAUGGAGAAAUCUUUAAAACCAGAAAAUUGUCACACACUUCAGAGACCAUGGAUAGAAACUAUAGGUCUUCUGAUCUUGACAGAAUUGGAUAUGUUCUCACAAAAGAAAGAACAGGAGAGAGAUCUAUGGAGAACCCUUCGUACCUUACUACAGGCGGACCUGAAGCAUCAAAAGAAACAGCUGAAGAAAAAGCAACACCAGUUGCACCUGCUGAGCCUUCGUAUGUUCUUCCAGUUAUUUCUCUUGAUGAUGCAUGGCGCUCCAGUAGAAUUACCAAAGAUGAUGACACCCCCUUGGAAGUUCCUGAAACAAAGGCUGAAACAGCUCCUGUUCCACAGAUGCCAGAUUCAUCUCAUAAAAUACCUGAACCUGAGAAUGUAACAAACUCUGCAAGAGCUAUUGAGAAAGAAGAAGUUGCUGAGAUUAUUAGCGAGAAAAGUAACAAGGAUGAAGACAGUAAUCUGAUAGCAAGUGAAAUAAUGGAGGAAUCCGUCAUUGAAUCUCUUUCACAAUCAAUUAUGACCAACAGUGAUGAAGAUCCUUUUAAAAGCUGGUGAAACAACAACAACAACAGUGGAACAAAGGAAAAAAACAGUACAAAAGAGAAGAAAAAAAUAAAUUGACCAAAAAUAAUCUAAUAUUCUUCAAAAUAAAAUAAAAUAUUCAGUGACAUAAAAAAAAGUAUUUCAGAUAAAAA